UAUACAUAUUCUGUUUGUACCAGAGACUCCAUCAUGUCCAUCUCGUUGUCUGUCAUUCUGCUCUCACUGCUGAUGGGGAAGAUCGGAGCUGCAGCCAGACCGGUGAUUUCCUUCUCCCCAAACUGGACCCCAAUACUCACUGGUGAUUCUGUAACUCUGACCUGUAACGGGGCCCCUCCUGCACAAGGGAAUGAGAAAUAUUCCUGGGACAGAGACAAUAACCCAAUACCAGGAGAGGAACAGCAGAACUAUACUAUCCAGAGGGCCCAGAGAGAACACAGUGGGAGGUACCAGUGUCAGACCAGUGAGAGAAGUGCUGCCAUUAAUCUGACAGUUAGUGAUGAUAAAGUCGUCCUGCAGGCGCCCCCUGGUGUCCAUGAGGGGGAGGAACUGAUUCUCAGAUGUUACACUCGCCCUGAAUAUAAAGCAACAAACACAGUUUUUUACAAGAACAAUUCAACCAUUCAGUCUCGGGGCUCAGACUAUUUAGUGCUUGGGAGAGCACAGACACAUAUGUCGGGUUCAUACAGAUGUACAACAGAAAUAUAUGAUAAGUAUGUGGGUUACGCUGUCAAUUACACAUCUGCUGAUGAACAUCUUUCAGUCACAGAGUUGUUCAGUCCCCCACAAAUAAAAGUGACCCCAGAUCCGGUGACAGAAGGAGAUCACAUGACCAUAACAUGUGACACAGAGCUCAGCCCACACAGAGAGACUACAGAGCUACAGUUUGUUUUCUACAGAAAUGGGCACAAUGUGCAGGGAUUCAAUUUAUCUAAACAAUAUGGAGUCCCCUCAGCUCAGCUGGAGGAUUCUGGGAAAUAUACCUGUGAGGUACAAACUCCAACCGGCAGUGUGAGGAAGAGGAGCAACAUGACACAAAUCCAGAUCCAGGAGCUGUUCAGUCCCCCACAAAUAAAAGUGACCCCAGAUCCGGUGACAGAAGGAGAUCACAUGACCAUAACAUGUGACACAAAUCCCAGAAAUACUACAGAGCUGCAGUUUGCUUUCUAUAUCAAUAAGACACAAGUGCAGGGAUUUGAUUCUUCCAGUUAUUACACAGUUUCCUUGGCUCAGAUGAAUAAUGCUGGGAAAUAUAAUUGUGUUGUACAAACUGCAUCCGGCAGUGUAAAUAAGAAUAGCAGUGAGACACAUAUCCACAUACAGGAGCUGUUCAGUCCCCCACAAAUAAAAGUGACCCCAGAUCAGGUGACAGAAGGAGAUCACAUGACCAUAACAUGUGACACAAAUCCCAGAAAUACUACAGAGCUGCAGUUUGCUUUCUAUAUCAAUGGGACAGUGGUGCAAGAAUUCAGUUCAUCUCAUGAAUACAGAGUUCCCUCAGCUGCACCAAAGGAUUCUGGGAAAUAUACCUGUGAGGUACAAACUACAACCGGCAGUGUGAGGAAGAGGAGCAGCGAGUUAAAUAUCUCUAAUAUAAACAAGUCAGGAAAUAACAAUUUAGAUAACACUACAUUAAUGCUGAUUAUAGUUGUUACAGUAGCACUGACUGUUCUGAUAUCUCUUCUCAUCAUCGCUCUCCUUAUCCUCAAGUCCAAAAAGAAACAACAUGGGAGACAGAGCAGCCGACGCAAAACUCUCUCGGGACCAGGAGAAACCAACUUAGACGAGGACGUGUGUUAUAUGUCCAUUAACUUUAAUCGUCAGCCUAAAGCUCAUUCAACAUCUCAGAAUAAUGAUGAUGGAGAUAAUGUUAUUUAUGCUGCAGUGAAGGGAAGUGAUAGAAGGAAUACACAAGCUGCUUAUAAACAGGUUCAGAGAGAAAACUCGGUUGUCUAUGCUGCCUUGAAAACUCCAGGAGGAAACAAAAAUAAUCAAGAACUCAGAACUAUCCCCCAGGAUGAGAAUUGUGUUUAUGCCUCGGUGAAGAAGAGAUGAACAUGCAGAAUCCCCAAAUCACAACACCUUUUGUACUCAUGGACUUGUCCAGUCUCAGAACGUAUUGUUUUUUUUUUUAAAUCUUCAGUUAAAAUUGUUCUUCUAAUAACUCGGCAUUACUGAAUGAAAAAGAAUGGAAUUAUAUUAAUAAAAUAUAUAUGUUAUGUAUC